AGUCCUCUUGGUGGAUGUUGUCCCCUCCUCAGUUUUUCCACAUUGUUUGUGUUGAAAAGCUAAUUAAUUAACUAAAUACAUUUUUUUUGAUAAUGAUUUGUGACAUUAUCAGUUAUAAUGCAGAUAACUGUAUUCUUCUUUUUUCUUUUCGUCGUUCAGGUGCCUCCAGGUGUGAAAGGUGCUGUUCAGCAUACGGUAAGAAGAAAGGAAGGAGACACUGUUACUCUGCGGCCAGAGGACACUGGAAACCAGGAGAGGAUCACAUGGCUUUUUGGGGAAAAAAUGAUAGUGGACAGUCCAGACACAAAGGGAGACGUCUUCAAAAAUGAUACAGACUCAUUUAAAGGCAGACUGCAGCUGGACAAUCAGACUGGAGCGCUCACUAUCAAGGCUGUUAACUCUGCUGAUGCAGGCAUAUAUAAACUGCAAGUCUUAAAAAAAGGAGUCAUAUCCACUUGGGAGUUCGACGUCUCUGUGUACCCUCCAGUAAGGUCUCCCACCUUCAGAAGGGGAAUUUCUCAAAACUCCUCUCAGUGUGCAGUGGACUGCUAUGUGAAGAAUGGCAGUGAGGUGAGCCUGUCUUGGUACAAAGGGAAUGAGCUGCUGAACAAAUCCAGUGGUUCAGAUAACAAGACGGACCCUGCUGUCACUCUGAUGACCAAACAGGAAGAUAAUGGCACCUACUCUUGUUUGGCUUCUAAUCCAGUCAGCAAUAUAACAAUCCAACUCAACAUUUCUGAGGUCUGUGUCCAAGCUUUAGACAUUGCCACAGGUUCUACAUUCCUACAAGUACUUGGAGGGCUAUGCAUAAUUCUGUUGGUUGGCCUCCUCAUGAUGGUAUUAUAUUGUAUACACAAGAGACUCUCCGUAAUUAAGUUUGAAGCUGACCACAGUGUUGAGGAAAUAAACUAUGUUGAUGUCAACAUUCCAGGAAAUGCUUUAAAAUCCAAUGUGCAAAUCGAGUUCACCAGAGAAACUGAAACAGAAAAGUUGGUGCAGUGCUCAGAUGACAUGGUAGUGUACUCAGAUGUUAAGACUCUGUGAGGUGGUGAGGGGUUAUAUUGUGAUAUAAUAAUAUAGAUGUAAGUUGUGUUGUGUUAGUUCACUGUGCAGGCUAGACAUUUGAUCAUUACGGACUUAAACCUUUUGCCUUUCUCUUUGUGCUACUCUAAAUUAGGUGUAUGGGGUCCACAGUCCUGUAUAUCUUAAUUCAUACAUUCGGUAGCUCUGUUACUUACGUAACAAAUUCAAUUUCUUUAUCCAUACUA